GGUUCUUCACUCUCUUCCUCCUCUCCCUCCCUCCGUGGGUCAGCGUGGGCGGCCCCGUGUGGCAGGAGGAGAGAGAAACACGACACCCCGGCGGAGGAAGGGGGGGAUGAGAGAACACGAAGUGACUGAGUGAGUGGAAAAAGAAAAACUCCGAGCCGGAGGAAGAGGGGGCAGACAGACAGAGGAGCGACUUGGUCUUCGGUACUUUUCUUCCUCCCUGAUGUGCCGCUGCUGCUGCGGGGACGAUGGCGCGGAGGAGCGCUUGAGCCACGCCACAUCGCUGCAACAAACUAGAUGAAUUUUUCUGAACUGCUCGCAUUCCAUUGCCUCAACACCUUCCAACGACAGCGUGACUCCUCCAAACUUUGACCUGCGCCAUUCAGACCCGCUCGACUGGAUUUCCCCACUAGAGGCUCGGGGCAACUUUUAAUACAAACCCUGAAGUAGAAACUUGAUUUCCUUGGGAUAAACUUUUUAAAACAAACGUAGAUCAUAACAGCUAAUCUCAUAUCACAAGUUAGAGUCUGAUUUUUUUUAUUUUUAUUUAUUUUGUUUAACUUUCCGGCCGAGCUCCUCUCGAUCGGGUCAGGUUCCUCCGAACGAGCCGCUCGUGAGAACAACAUCGGAGGGAGGAGUGGGGUGCCGUUGCUAGCGGGGCUAAAGGCUAACCAACAUCUAAAGUUACCAGUCGACGUGAAAAGUCACCCAAGCGGCUCGUCCAAGACGCCAACAAAGAUGAAAACCCCGGUAGAAUCGGGGUUCGCCUUCCCUGAGUGGGCCUAUAAACCAGAGUCCAGCCCAGGCUCCCGGCAGAUCCAGCUGUGGCAUUUCAUCCUGGAGCUCCUGAGGAAGGAGGAGUACCACGAUGUCAUUGCCUGGCAGGGAGAUUACGGCGAGUUUGUGAUCAAAGACCCAGACGAGGUGGCUCGCUUGUGGGGGGCAAGGAAGUGCAAACCUCAGAUGAACUACGACAAGCUCAGCCGAGCACUAAGAUACUACUACAACAAGAGGAUUCUCCACAAGACCAAAGGGAAGAGGUUCACCUAUAAGUUCAACUUCAACAAACUCGUGCUUGUCAAUUACCCCUUCAUCGACAUGGGCUCUGGUCGGGGAGUCCCCCAGAGCGCCCCGCCUGUACCAACUGGAGGAACCCACUUCCGCUUUCCCCCGUCCACGCCGUCAGAGGUGCUGUCGUCCAGCGAGGAGCUGCGUAGUCCGGGCAUCUUCAGCGGCGUGGCCCGCCGCAUGGCCCGCGGCUCGGUGAGCGACUGCAGUGACGGCACCUCCACCAACUCGGAGCUGGAGGAGGCCGUGGGGUCUGACGAAAGAGCUGUGGGGCCCGACAGGGCCUUCAGGGGUCUGCUGCCCCCUCGCCUGCCGCACGAUUCUUUGUUUAGGGUUUUUGGGGGGUCUCAAAACCCAGCAGGACUGCACAGACCGGCACACAGGGUUCACCCAGAUCCUCUGUCCCCUUUCCCCGUCUCCCCAUUGCCCGGCCCAGGAAGCCUCCUGUCCCCAUCUUUAUCAAUGACCCCCACCCCCCACCUGGCCUACACCCCCUCUCCCUCCCUCUCGUCCCCCAUGAUGGGCUCCCACUUCUCCUUCAACCCGGAGGACAUGAAGCACUACUUGCAGGCCCACACCCAGUCCGUCUACAACUACCACCUCAGCCCCCGAGCUUUCCUGCAUUACCCCAACAUCAUCGUCCCUCAGCCCCACCGCCCCACCCCCGAGAAAGCCACCGCACACCACCUCCACGCCCCCGCCUUGCAGCUCUCCCACCCACUCAGUCAGCAUCCGGUGGGCGCAGAGGAGGGUCAGCAGCACCCGUCGCCGUUCAAGUUCAAGCUGCAGCCCCCUCCCCUCGGGCGCAAGCAGAGGGAGGCAGGAAGCUCCUUGGCAGCGUCCUCUUCCUCCUCUUCCUCCAUCCACACAUCCUCACUUGUGGGUUCUGGUCAGAUGAGUAAUUCCGUCAUAGCAGGAGGCCCCCCUAAGAUCAAGGUGGAGCCCAUGUCAGACAUGUCAGAAGAAGACGUAGAGGUGACGGACCUCAGUGAGGAGGAGGAGCUGAAUCACAACAACGAGGAGGAAGAAGGUGACUUUGGAACCCCCACAGCCUGCCGCCGCCAUCUUUACCCGAACAGCAACCACCACAUGAACGGAGGAGUCAGCUGCUCCUCUGCUGCUCUUCCUCCAUCCAAUCACCCUGACGAUGACGACGACGAGGAGGUCUUCAAGACGCCCGCCACUCCCCCAAUCGGGAGUAGCCCCGCCUUCCCCCUCAUCACCACCAUGAAGAGCGAGCCGGGUCAGCCCCCCAUCAGCCCCGGGGGCACACGCUGCAUCCCGCUCAAACUCCGCUUCAAGCGGCGCUGGAGCGAAGACCAGAGGAUGGAGGCGGACGGAGAGAGGGACGAGGCGGAGGACAAGAAAGUUAAGGCUGAAGGCCAGGACGAGGUGGACGGGAGGAGGGAUGGGGAGGACGAGAACAGAGGAGGGCGGGACGGGAUCCUGGGGCUGAUGCUGCCCCCCGCUCCCACCCAGCGCAGAUCCAGUUCUGAGCUGCAGAGGGCGACGGCGCAGCUGUCCCUGGAGAACGCCGGCUGCUGAGUGUCGCUCACAUCCAGGAAACACCUCGGGAAGUUCCUCCGGUGUUUCCGGCGGAGCGCGGCGCCUCCGCAGCUCUGGCCAGCUGCAGUAGAUGUAGCAGGUUCUCGUUCAGCGCAGCUUCAGGGCUGAAACGGACACAAACUUUGGUUCUUGGCGUGUCAUAGGCAGGAAACUACUUUAUUGUGCAAUAAUUAAAGGAGCUGUCUGGCACUCUUUACUGACCUCACAGCCGCGUGCACACGCUCCUGAAAUUACUUACCGAACAAAAUAAUUUCCUGCGUAUGACACAAGUUUCCAGGAAACUAAAAGAAAAAAAAAUCUAAAUUUAAUCUUUCAGGUUUUGCUACUUCUGCAGAAUCUGUUGGUCAGUACUGUCAGCGAGCAGCUGCUCGGCGCUCAUGAAAUACGGCUGCCGUGCACGGACUCUCUGCUGGAUCUGCUUUGACUUUAACACUAACAGAUGACCAGACUUGGAUUGUGCUGUCAUUCAGGCCUCGUUAGACAAGCCCCACGGAGGCGGAGGCGGCCUCCAGUGGGUCAACAUCUCGUCUGAAACGGCUAAACCGACCUUCAGAGCAGAGGUGAAUGUCUGGGAAACUCCGGUGUGAGUCUCCAGCUCUUGGGUGGACCAUCCUGAUGUUACUAAAGACUUGACAGUCCUGAUAGAGAUUACAGAAGUGCCUCCUGUGUGCAGCCUGAAGAGCGCUGUCACAACUCAAGGAGGUCGUCCGUGAUUGGACAGAAACGGCUCCGGCUCUGUCACUACAGUGUAUAAAGACGUCCUUUUCAUGGACAGGUGAGCUACGAACAAGGAGAUGGAAGAACUGUCCUCGACUCGGAGAAACAAGAGCAACACCAGCUGCCCCGCCUUUUCGUGUCUUCACACGACCUUUGAGGGGCGCUUCGCCCUUAAACUUAAAGAUCUUACAUUCCUCUUUUGUUUUUGUUCUUUUGGACGUGUUCGACUCUGGAGGCAGUAUUGAAGAGCAUUUGCAGUGAUCCGAAGGCCUUCUUCUGUAUUUUGGAUUGAAUCACCAAACGUGUUCAUGUGAUGUUUUGAGAAGCAAAGUGAUUAGUCUAGAAGAGAGCGGGAGUCAUGUCACGAAUGCGGAGCCUCAAGGUUCGCUUCACUCACAUGGAAAAGAGAACUUUUAUUUUUAUGACCUUUUAUUUGUGCGUUUUUAACCAUAGAGGAGACUGUGCCUUUUUCUAAGCCAACAUGUGUUUUUAUUAGAAAGCCCCAGCUAAAUGUAUUAGACUAAACCACCAUGCCUUCAGCUUUUUUAACCACGAAAUCAGAUCAUUUACAAACAAAAGAAACAUAACUAUAUAUUCGAAUGUUAUAUUUCAAUACGGUCAUUUGAUACAAAUCAGGAGAGUCCUAUUUUUGACGGUAAAGAUGUGUAUAUAUUCUAUUGUUAGCAGUAUAAUUCCGCCUUCGCCUUGUGCUGAGCGGCGCGCCGUGUCCACAGAGGCCACCAGUAUCAGAGUUUAUAUUUAUAUUGUAAAAUAAAUGUAACGCGUGCUUUCAGAGGAGCGAGGGCGUGAUGGAGCGAGGUGGACUUUAAUUUACAUUGCGAGCAGCCGUGUUUGCGGUGGGGUGGGGUUCGGCUCCUUCCUGGCGCUCAAUCCAAAGUCCCGCAGUGUGGUUGAACCCAGAUCUGCUGAGGAUCCAGGAGCCAGAGUUUGCGACGGGAGGACAGGUUUCGGCAGAUACGCCUGGACUUUGGGUUGUGUGUGUUUGUGUGCGGCACACGCUGUCCUGGUUAGAGCGAGGCUUUUCUGCGGCUGCAAUAAAGGGAAACAUGACAUCACGGGUGACAUCAGCCGCCCCCGCAGUCUCUCAAGAGUAGAAGGCCUAACCAAAGAAACUACACCCACCACACACAAACACACACACACAGAGGAAACGGCAUCACAAAACCUCAACAGCAAUGAGGGACUUCCCAAACGCGCUCGUGUGUGUUUGUGCGUGUGUGGUUGAGCCUUCUGCACACAAACCUUCAUCUAGGCUGGAUGCUCUAAGCGGCUGAUUUAUUGUCGUCUCCUUUAAAUCCUCCUUUUCCCUCAGCAGACAGACGUAGCUCUUUGGUCCCGAUCAGAGCAGGUUUUCACCGUCUGCUGAGGAAGAGAUAAGAAAGCACCUGAGCUCUUCAACCAGUGCUGCCUUUACCUGUUGUGGCUUCAAACUCAUGUUUUUUUCUGUUCAGAUGUUUUAUCGUUUCCCUGUAAUUAUAUUCUUAAACUAUCUUUUCGAUUAGGCCUGGCCUCUUCUCCUUGAAUUCCUGCUUUCUUGUGAUCUCUUGUGCCAGUUUGCACUCAUGAGCUCGGCUUUGGUGCAGUUUUUCCCUUUUGUACUCGUGCUUAUUUUGUAAUUGUUCCAGCAGAAAAACGGAGGGCCAAGUAAUGCCUACAUACAGCCGGGGGUUACAGGUUUCAGUUUUUUUUUUUUUUUUUUUUUUUACUUGUGUACAUAUAUUUUUGCCAUUAUGCAGGAUUAUGUAAGAGAGAAAAAAAAAACAUUGUACUUGUUUUGUUAUUUGACAUGUGCCCCCCUCCCUUUCCUAUCUCUAAUCUGUUUCUGGUCUUCUCUUGUGUUCACUCCUUUAGUGAGCUUUCACUCCAGAAGACACUUUGUACCAUUCUUCUGUUUUCCUUCUAUAUCUGUUCAUCUUCAUUUGUAAUUCAACAGUAAUCAGGGUUCAUUAAAAAAAAGGUGGAAAUGUU